UCCGUUAGGCAGUAAGUUAGUUGAGGAAGUAAAGACUUGAAUAUUUCAAGUAAUAACACGUUGAGAAAGGAGUUCUAGUGUGAGAGACUAAAUAAUAACACACUAAACUCCAGUUUAUAGGAGUUCUAAUAAAAUAUUCUUGGCACUUAGUAUGCCUCCGAAAACACCUGCUAAGGCAGGAGGAGGUAGUAAACCUGCAUCGUCAUCCACACCAGCCAGCGCUACGUCGUCUGCUGCUGCGGGCACCAAGCAGAAGGGAAAUGAUUCUUCACUGCCGAUGGAGAUGUGCUCCAACUCUUCUUCAGAGUAUGGAUUCCAGAUGUUUGAUGCGGACGAGAUCCGGCGGCUGGGCAAGAGGUUCCGUAAGCUGGACUUGGACAACUCUGGGUCGCUGAGCGUUGAGGAGUUCAUGUCCUUACCUGAGCUACAACAAAAUCCGCUUGUCCAAAGGGUCAUCGAUAUAUUUGAUGCUGAUGGCAAUGGAGAAGUUGACUUUAAAGAGUUCAUACAAGGCAUGUCACAGUUCAGCGUCAAAGGUGACAAAGAGAGCAAGAUGCGGUUUGCGUUCCGCAUCUACGACAUGGACAACGAUGGGUACAUCUCCAAUGGCGAGCUCUUCCAGGUCCUGAAGAUGAUGGUGGGUAACAACCUGAAGGACACGCAACUUCAGCAGAUCGUCGACAAAACUGUGCUCUUUGCCGACAAGGACGAAGAUGGCAAGAUCAGUUUUGAGGAGUUCUGCACUGUCGUCGGAAACACAGACGUCCAUAAAAAGAUGGUUGUUGACGUCUAGAUGGAGGACUUGCUCUCAAUGCAGCAAAAUUCUUCAUCUUGACUUCCUCUCAUUUUUAUUCAUCAUUUCUCUGAUCCGAACGCGGGAGCUUCUUAGAAAAGGGGAGUACAUGGCUCGAAUAUAUACCAACUGCUGCUCAUAGGGGAAAAACUGCAAAAUCUUAAAAUUACGAGUUCAAUAUAUAAAUUUCGCACUUUUAGCAUAUCUUGUUGCAUUUGCUUAUCUGCAACCUGUGAGCAGCAACGAUGUAUUCAAGGCUCGGAACACUUUUUUGAUCCUUCACUGCCCAGAUGGACAAAUUCAUCAAUCUUUUUGCUUUUUUUUUUGUGUGAACCACACGACAUUUGGACAGUGAUGGGUCAAUACCUAAGCCUCUCCCGCUGCUGUGUUUGUCAUCACAUUUUGCUGUUGUAUGUUGUGGUAAUGAUAUCAUCUUAUUAUCUCGUGAUGUGUGCUGUUAUCGUGAAGGCUUUGAUAGUUUAAUGAGUUGUACUCCUAACCAAGUUAGUAUGAACGCCCUAAUCUUAUUUAUCUUCUUGUGUGCUUUAAAUACAAAAAAACAUGCCAGACAAUGUCUCGGUCUAGGCGUAUUCCCGCACUAAGAUGGGCGUUCAGUGUCAGCGCUGAAUUUGUAAUUUGGUUCGUGAUGGAAAUUCGAACAAUAUGUUAGUUCUCAUCAUUAUGCAAGUUGAAUUUGGCUUUCAUAUGCAAGCUGCUUCAAAACGCGUCAUUGUCAUUUUAUUCAUCAUAGGAAUCGUACUUUUUCCUCAAUGUUGUAGUCAUUCAUUUGAUGUUCGAUCAAAAUAAGGCUAUUUACCUCUACUAUACCUACAUCUAUUCUUCUGAAUUGUUGCAGUUGGCCGUACAAACUUCACUUAUUAUUCGUUGCUCCUUUGUGUUAAUUGAAAAACUUGCUGGAAGUUAUCAGUUUGGUAUUGUUAGAUCAGGCUAUGCCUGUCUUUGAUUGAAAUAAUCACAAUAUUCAGCUCAUGUGUCAGUGUUUGCAGCCUUGAUAGCACCACCCUUGUUUGUUAACUUUGCUUAUGCCAAAUCAUUGACUUUUUGUGUAAGGUCCCUAACAUUCUCCGUGUGUACUCGUGAAUGGGUCUGUCAGACAGAAACUUUUGAAACUUGUUUGUCGUGUACUUAAAUAUUAAAAUUAAGCAAUUUAAUUUGGAACAUCUGAUACAGGAUUUGAUAGCUUAGCAUAUGAUUAUGAACUUGCUUACUAAGUAUUUGCUGUUACAUGGUCUUCUGCGGUAUUGACUUCCUUCACUUUGGGUUAGGCCAAUAUUUAAAGAGAUUCAAGUCAACAAAUUGCCUUGAAUCUCUUCGCAAUCUUACGAAGAGAUUCAAAUGGUAAAUCUUGGUGUAAAUUUUUCAUUAUAGGUACUUUUAUUUUGUAGGUGUGAAAAUUAGAGACGCUUUCUGUGCUCCCGUAGGUGAUGGUCGCUUUGUUUGCAGCGCUUUAAUUACCUGAUUUAUGUUGUCAUUUUCUCGAUGUUGUAUGUGUGUCUGCUCUACAUUUCAUAUAAGUGGGUAGCUCAGAGCUGGAUGCAAAUCCAAGGUUGGAUCGACCAAAUAUCAUGGAAUCAAUUAGAAGUAAUGAAGUCACGCUAUGCAUAACAAGAUAGACUGAAAUUUAUGAAAUCAAGUUUAAGCAACAGCUUUGAUUGAAAUUGACUGCAUCGGAUUUUUUUCUAUUAAUUAAUUUACUGUGUCCAGUUGCAAUUAUUCUGGUUCAAAUUGGAUUAUAACGAAUUGCGAGGUUCCACUUUAUCUAGUUGUACCGCUACAACAAAUGCCCCGUGGCCAUUAAAUUCGGUUGUUAUUCAAACAUUUGCAGGAUCGAUCCUCCCGCGCAUCUAUGUACCGCGUUUAGUGUAGCUCUUUUGACGUCUUUUGUACGUAAGCCUUCCCGCCCCGUAGCUUGUGUGUGCUGCCUUGUGCACGGUAGGGCGACUUGCUUACUUUUCAUCUUCCUACAAUCCUCCUUCCUUUCGCUUCAAUCCUUAUUGCUCAUUUUCUUCCACCUUAUUCCUCUCCUAUUGCCACUGUCAUCCAACGUCUUGAGUUCAGUAGGACAAGGACAGCAUUCGCCGCAAUUGUCUUCGAAAGAACUUAUUCAAAUAUUCGUAUUCAGAUUCAUUGUUCGAAUACCAAAAGUAAUCUGGAACAUGAGCGGGUUUGAGGGAGUAUUUGAUCGGCUGAAUAGAUGAGUAAGGUGGUAGAGUUUCUUACAUCGUGUUCGAUGCAAUUUUUGUCGCUUUGUGCAAUUUUUGUCCACGUUUCAAAAAUUCCUAAUUGUGAAUUGCAAUGCCCGCUUUUGUUAAAUCACGUGUAAGUAAACCAGCUUCUCGUCCGCUUGUUACAACGCGAGAUACUCACAUUGGCCGCGUUCUCUAAUCAUUUGUUAAAAACUGAUGACGAAUGAUAUGUUACAUCUAUCUUACUCCUGCUGUGCUAAGAAGUAAUCACACUCGCAAUGUUGGUCUGUAAUCGUGCAAUAUUUCAUGCCAAAAAUAUCAUGCAUGUAGCCCUAGGUACAUUAUUAAUCGCUGUUUUGUAUAAUCGUUACAAAGCGUUUUGUUCUUUUAUCUUCAGAAAUAUAAAUAUGUUCUGUAGGUAAUUUUUCCAGUAUAUCGGUUACAAAAUUUUCGUCGUUGUAAACUGGAUUUUUAUCGUAUUUUAUGCCUAUUGGUCAUCAUCAUAGAAUUCUUUAUGCUGAAACGUUCUCGGUUUGGUGAGACGUUACCUUGGUGGUUCUUUUCCAAGCUUGCACGUGUCGAAUCCAUCUCAAUCUAUUUCUUGUAACCAAAGCCUACAUCUUCCUUUUAGAUGUCUUGAACAGCCGUGACCGUUAUAGAUUCCCGUACACGUAAGCCAUGUUUAUACGUUUACAUUUCAUUAUCAUAAUUUCGUCGCAACGGUUGAUCAGGAAUAACCUAAUCUUUUGCCGUUUUGUUGAAAGGUAUUUGAGGAGAUUUUAUACAAACUGGAAAGAGCUAGUGUAUUAGCUACCUAAAUUAUAGGCUCAAUUUGUACUAAACUGUUUCACCUUGUGUAUAUCUUGCCGUGUAUUUUUAAGUAUCGCGCGUGUUUAAGAAUUAAUGUUGAUUUAGUGUUUCUACUCAUGGUGUAUUAACCUAGCACUCUUACCCUCCAAAGAUCGUGAUCUUUUUCGCAAUUGUGAGUCCCCUUACAUGAUUUUAAUCUCAUCACGAUCAUUCCCUUCUUGUUGCAGGCUUGUUUUUUUGCGUGAUUUCAGCUUUACUAUUUCCGUGACUGAUGGAAAUUAUUUCGUAUGGACAGAAUAACAACCAACUAUCCACCAAGUGGACAACUUUUAAGCACUUUACGACUUUGAAUUGUUGCUUGAGCGUCUUGUGCUCUCAAAAAACUGCAGAGACUGCAGGAGCCUUCAAACUCUUUAAAAAAAAAACGUCGUUCCACUGGGCAAAUUUGAAAUUUUCUUCUCUCUUAUUGAAGAAAAUAAAACGAAUCGGUUUUAUUUCGGAAUUUUGUUGUUUGAACACUAAGACAAAUUAUUAUACUCGACAUCGUGAUUUAAAUUGUAAUGAAAUGUUCUGCGCGAGGGCUCGACCAUGAGACAAUUACAGCCCGUAAGAAUCGUCUCUUGCAGCCACGCCUCAUGUGGAAAAAUGGUUUUAAAUUAAUGAAAUUUUGUUCUAGUAUCAAGUUCUUUGAUGCCCAGUCUCUAAAAAUUGGGAAUAUCUUCUGUAAUUCAUUUUCGCAUAUAAAUGGACAAGUACUGUACCAUUAUUCAUUUUCGCAUAUAAAUGGACAAGUACUGUACCAUUAUUCAUUUUCGCAUAUAAAUGGACAAGUACUGUACCAUUAUUCAUUUUCGCAUAUAAAUGGACAAGUACUGUACCAUUAUUAUGUAUCAUUUAUUACAUUUUGCUGUAGUUUAAACUACCCGGAUAAAAUUCUUGCAAUUAAGGCCAUUCAUCCUCCUGUAAGGCUCCUGUUAACAGGUUGAUUUCUGAACCACCAUAUAAACUCCUUUUGUAUUCAUUUUACAUUUGCAAUGCCUGCAUUUGCCUUUUCUACUUGCCUCUGCUGCAACUUCAGGUCGCCGCGAAUCUUAAAGCGCGAGCAACUCUUAAAAUUUAUUGUAUAUUCUCUUCACUGCACUUGAAUAAUUCAGUAAAGUUUACCUGUUCAA